UAAUUAGAUGAGAUUGGAAAAUUACUGCGCCUAUAAUGCAGUAUAUUCAGUUAACUGGUGAAGUGAGUUGAUUCUCCUAAAUAUCGUAUAAUAUAGAAUGUUUUAUCCAAUAAAUAUAUUAGACAACUCUUUAAUAAGAGAAUUAUUUGCAUAAUCAGUAAAUAUAUACAGGAUUAACAAUUAAACUUUAAUAGUAAGGACGCAAAUAUAGGAAUGGAAGCGAAGGAAUACACUUGGAAGGAGAAAGAGUUAGAAGAAUUUCGGAUGGCUGUUCUAAAAGAAAAAGAUCUGAAAUGCAAAACUGACGACAUAUUUCUCCUAAGUUUUCUACGAGCAAGAAAAUACGACAGAGAACGAGCAUUGAAACUACUCAAGAAUUAUUACGCAAUAAGAAAGAAGUAUACAGAUGUGUUCAAAGACCUUCGGCCUUCAGCAUUGGAAACAUUCUUACAAAUGGGUAUGAUGUGUUCCAAACGAUUAGAAACAGGUGAAGUUAUAGGACUCGGUAGAGUCAGCCAUUGGGAUGCAACUAAAGUGAAACCAAUAGAUUUAGUUAGAUGCGUAUUACUUCUUGUAGACAUGGAACUAAAUGACCAUCCAAUACAAGUAAACGGUGUUUAUAUAUUGAUAGACGCCAAAACAAUAUCAUGGAGACAUGCUAUACAAUUUAGUCCAAGAAUACUUUACUUGAUUAUAGCAUGCUUUUAUCAAUGUGCCCCGCUUAUUUAUAAAGGGGUUCACAUCGUUAAUGUUAACAAGUAUCUUCGUGCCAUUGUUGCAAUGGCAUAUCCAUUUCUUCCUUAUAAAUUAAAGCAAAGGCUUUAUUUCCAUGGAUCCAAUAUGGAAAACCUCCACAAAGAGAUCGAUCGAAAAUACCUUCCUGCAGAAUUUGGUGGUGAAUUGCCUCCUUUUGAUGAGUCUGAAACUAAGCAGAAGUUGAGAGACUUGGAAGAAUUUUUUGUAGAAAACGAAAAAUAUUGGACCGAAGAGAAAAUAACUGAAGAUUAAAAUGAGAAAAUUUUGUUUGUUGUAAUGAACCGCACUUAGAAUUAUAAUUGACUUGAAUGCGUUAUGUUGAAAAUAUAAUAUAAAAUGAAAGAUGUUGCUGGGUAAUACAUUUAUAUUAAUUAACACAAAGCAUUUAAGUUAGUUUUUAAUACGUACUGUAUAAAUUAAUUAAUUAAUAGUGACAAACUUUGCAGCAAAUCGUAUUAUCUUUUUAGAGUAAUUGUAAAUGAUUGGCAUGUUUAUUUUACUUGUUUCAUGAAUUCAUUCAGCCGAUAUUGUAGAAUUUAUCUUUUAUUUAUUAUUUAAAAUUUUGUCUCGCAUUAUUUCUAUUCCUAAAUGAUCUAGAAGAAAUACAAUUUUUAAAAGAAUGAAUGUUAUACUUUUGAUCAAAAUUUAGAACCUCCCAAACAGUUGUAAGAUACAUUUUUUUAUACAUAUCUUUGUGAGUAGCCAAGGGCAUAGACAGUUUAUCUAUGUCGCUUACUUGACACGCGAUCAUAAGAUCGGCUCACUGAACUUUUUUCUAAAAGGGCUGUUGAUAUUACAGAGGAUAUAGACGGCAAAGUCUAUAUCCAACGUCUGGAUAAUGAUACCAGUUAAGCAAUUUAUCGUACGCGCAUAACAAGCGUUUAGAGGUGAUAUAAGAGAUAAACCCUUCGUUUUGAUUCAGACACGAGAAGACAUUUCUUUAACAGUAAAGA